AUCAUUCACAUCUUGUGUACACUUCUGAAAAGAACCAACAAGAGCAAUCAACCGGAUUAUUUUAAUAAACAUGGCUUUCAAAUUUGUUUUCGCACUUGCCUUUGUUGCUGUGGCUAGCGCAGGUUAUGUUCCAGCCACUCAAGUUUAUCAUGCUGCUCCAGUUGCUGUACAUGCUGCACCAUUAGCUGUUGCGCAAAAAGUUGUUGUAAAAUCUGAAGAAUACGAUCCUCAUCCACAAUACAAAUACUCUUACGGCGUUGAAGACAAAUUGACUGGUGAUUCCAAAAGCCAAGUUGAAGAACGUGAUGGUGAUGUAGUACGUGGUGAAUAUUCAUUAAUUGAUGCUGAUGGUUACAAACGUACGGUACAAUACACCGCUGAUGAUCAUAAUGGUUUUAAUGCUGUUGUUAAUCGUGAACCUUUAGUAAAGUCUGUUCCCACUGUUGUUAAAUCCAUUGCUCCAGUAGCUCAUUAUACUGCUCCUACUAUUGUUAAGACUGUUACUCCAGUUGCUCACUACUCAGCACCAACUGUUGUUAAAACAGUUGCUCCAGUAGCUCAUUAUGCAGCUCCAGAGCAUUACACAUCUUAUGUAGCUCCGACUUAUGUUAAAUCUGCUGAGGUAGCUCAUUAUGAUACUCCUUCUCAUUACACCUCAUAUUCAGCUCCUUCCUACAACUAUCAUCAUUAAAUAUUAUUGAAGAUCAUCAUCGCUACAUAAAUUCGUAUUGUUUUUGUCAGUUAUUUAUUUUGUAUUUUUCAUUUAAAUUAACCGAAUAAGUAAAUAAAAUGUUUUUUUAAAUA